CCACUCAAUAUUAUUAAACUUAUCAUAUUUUUAUUCUUUCAAUAGAAUCAUUCUCAUUUUGGUGUAUACUCAAACUUUUAAAAAAACUUAUAUGAUCUUGAUGGAAUCGUUUCAGUGGGUCACUUUCUGUACCUUUAAAAUCAUCAAUAUCUUUGAAUCUUUAUGAAAUCGUAUAAGUCAAAAAAUUAUUGAGUAUCAUUAUUCGAUAUAGAAGUUUUAUUAAAUUAAUCUUCAAAUUAAAGAUGUAAUAUCCUAUUGCGUAAAUAUGUUGCUGAUGAUCGUAAUGUAACUUGGACGCCUGCGCGUUAUUAUAACACGUGGAAAAGGAAACAACGAGCUUAAUAGAAACUUUUAGUAUCGUGCCUUUAGUCUUAGUGAGUACUUUUACAAGAAAAACUCAUGAGAUUUUUUAUUUAUUAUUUUUGUUAAUUGUUAAAAAAAAUUUGAUAAAGAUUCAUUAUGGGUACACAAAAUGAUCCAUUGGGUAGUUCAACUAAUCAAAGUGGUCCAACCACUGCUUUGCAAAAAGAAAAUAAUAUAUAUGAAGAUAGACCCGGUACCAAAAAAAUAAUUAGAAUUAUUACUGUUAUGGCGUAUUUAUUUUCUGUCAGCUUUAUUGCUAUUGUAUUGAGUGCGUAUUAUAUAUUUUUGUGGCAACCACCAAAUCCACGAUUAAUUUAUCGAGCACAUGUAAUGGAUGGUGUUCAUGCGGAUUUUUUAAUACAAAAUCCAUUUGAAGAACAAAAAGUCAUUGAUAAAAGAAAUAAAGAUCAAAUUUUUAAGGAAACUGUUUGGAAUGAAAAUUCUAAACAGCGGAAAUUUAAUAUUUCUCAACUAAUGUCUUCAUAUCCAAACAUUGUUAAAGCGAUGACAUUCGAAAACUCAUCUAUGCAGAUAAAUGAAAAUGAAAAUCACAAUAAUAUUUUUGAUAAACGAUCAAAUAUCCAUAACUCUAUGAACAAUCAAUUUGAAGGUUUGAAAACAAAGAAAAAUUUUGAAAUCACAAGCAGAUCAUCUCCAUCAAACUACAUUAAUGCAACUAAAUAUUUAUUGAUGACUACUCAGCUUAAAAAAAAUUCGAGAAAUAAUAAUAGUUCUCAAACUUCCGGUAAUAAUGUAGCUUCUCAUGAGUAUGUUGUUGGAGACAAUAAUAUAAACAUCAAAUCUCUGCCACCAUUAGGCUAUCAUCCAAUCACAAAGUUGCUCCUACCUCUCAACCAAGAAACUUAUGGAGAAAAAUCAUCUCAAAAGUCAUCUACGAAUCAAACAAAAUUGAUCGAUAAAUUGAAAACUAUUUGUGCAUCAACGCAUGACGGAACUUUAGAAAAAUCAGAAUCAAGAAAUUUGGAUGAUAGAUCAACAAUUGAUCCUGUAGUCACAACUGUAAAAAAUAGAAUUUUGGAAUUACAUGAGAAAAAUAUAGAUGAAAAACUUUAACUAAAAAUAUAAUUUAAUAACCAAUUAAUUAGAUACAAAAACUUGUAAAUAAUUGACGUAUAA